AUCGAACGAAUAAUUGAAAAUCGCGAGCGAUCACUGAAGAGUCGCAUCAAUCAGCUAGAGAAUCAACUGAAUAUCAUGCGUGAUCAACUGAGUAGCGAACGACGUCGACGACGUGAACUCACUGAUAAGAUGCUGGUUGGGGACAUGAGCAAACUCAAUUACAGCGUUUUGGGAAGCCCACGUGGCAUGCUGUACGACACUUAUGAGUAA